AUGGUUGCUCAAGGGUUCACUGUGGAUCUUGAUAAGCCUCUUGUAUUUCAGGUUGGUCAUCUUGGUGAGGCUUAUGAGGAAUGGGUUCACCAACCCAUUGUGACAAAAGAAGGACCUCGGUUUUUCCACAGUGACUUUUGGGAGUUCUUGACCCUUACAAGAUGGUGGGUGGUUCCUGUAAUUUGGUUGCCUGUUGCAGGCUGGUGCAUCUCCAAGUCAGUAAUAAUGGGCCUUUCACUUCCAGAAAUCGUCCCAUUGAUAGCCUUGGGGGUAUUUAUCUGGACGUUUAUAGAAUAUACUCUUCACCGCUUCCUUUUCCACAUCAAGACCAAGAGUUACUGGGGAAACACGGCACACUAUCUUCUUCACGGAUGCCAUCACAAGCACCCAAUGGACCACCUUCGACUCGUCUUUCCUCCUACUGCAACAGCGAUUUUAUGCUUUCCUUUCUGGAACAUUGUGAAGCUUUUCGCAACUCCUUCAACCACACCUGCGUUGUUUGGAGGCGGUAUGCUUGGGUAUGUGAUGUAUGAUGUUACUCACUACUACCUUCACCAUGCACAACCAACUAGAGCAGUGACCAAAAACCUCAAGAAAUAUCAUUUGAAUCAUCACUUCAGGAUUCAAGACAAGGGAUUUGGUAUAACAUCGUCGCUAUGGGACAUAGUGUUUGGGACACUACCCACCACAAAAGCCCCUAAAAGAGAGCAGUAGUGUACUAAGAUUGCAAAACGAAAAGGAUAUUUGCAACACAGUUAAAUCUUAAAUUAUUGAUCAUCAUCCCUCAUGAGUUUUGAGAUGCUUGUCUGAGGUUUUAUUUGGAUCGCUGUUGAUGUAAAUUAAUGCUUCACAUCCUACUUAAUAGUUUUGGUGUGUUUUUCAGUGAAAGCAAUCGAAAAUAUUUACUAACGUGUAAUGCGAAUAUCCACCACCUAACUCAAAAUUUCAGAUUUCAA